CUCUCUCUCUCUCUCUCUCUCUCUCUCUCUCCCUCUGCCUCUGCAGCGAAGGGCUAUAUCUGCGGCACCACUGUCACUUUCACGACCACACAGGGACAUGUACUGACGCCGAGGGGAGGACUUGAUCGUAACCUGCUCUCGAAGGCGGCAAAUUGAUUCCAGCAUAAUUUUUUUGUGGAUUAUUAUUUAUUUCAACAACAACAACAACAACAACAACAACAGCCAACGAUGGAGGAAUCCAGCUCACAUAAGUUGGUUUGGGACGGCGACGCCAAAGCGGUGCAGCAGUGUCUAACGGAUAUAUUCACCAGCGUUUACACCACAUGUGACAUUCCGGAAAAUGCCAUUUUCGGCCCUUGUGUUUUGAGCCACACGUCGUUGUAUGACAGCAUAGCCUUCGUAGCGCUCAAAUCAACGGAUAAACGAACUGCGCCCUACAUAUUCCGGGUGGACACGUCAGCAGCCAACAGCACGUCCGAGGGCUUGAUGUGGCUGCGGCUCGUGCAGUCGGCGCGGGACCGGGACGAGCAGAACCUCGAGGCCUACGUGAAGAACGGACAGCUGUUCUACCGGUCUCUCCGGAGGAUCGAGAAGGACGAGGAGCUGUUGGUCUGGUACGGGAAAGACCUGAUUGAGCUGCUGCUGCUGCUCAGUGCCGGUAAAGCGCCGGUCAAGGCCAAGGGGUCCACUCCCUACUCCUGUCCUGACUGCAACCAGCGCUUCCAGUUUGAGUUCCCCUUCCUGGCCCAUCUGAGGUUCCGCUGCACCAAGAGACUACAGAGCAUGGCGGCAGGCAGUGUGGACGAGGAGGUCCCCAGUAAGGAGCCAAGCACUGAGCGCCCUAAUCCCAACCCUACCACCACCGCACCCACCAGAGCUAGCCCUAAACUGGGCCGCUCGGAUGGGGACAGCGCCAAACCCUCCACAGACUUCCAUAACCUAGCCAGAGACCUCGAGAACAGUCGCACCAGUCCGCCGAGCGACCGUGAGGCUGAGAUCCGCAGCGAGAGCUCUGGGAAGAGGAAGUUCUCCGAUGUGGAGGACAGAGUGAAGGAUGGUAGCAGGGCCUCUCUGAGUCUGUCUCAGUCUCACAAGUCUAAGGAGGAGCUGGCUAGCUCAGCACAGAACUAUCGGGGAGUGUACGGCCUGGAGGAGAAACGACGAGGACCGACGUACUCCCCUCCAGGGUUGGGGUCCACUGAGUCGGGCGGUGAGGGUAAACGCAGCGCCUUCACCGAGGUCAAGAAGUCUCCACAGAGCCUAAAGACGCACGGUAACAGCGGCGGCACCAAAAACCUCCAGAGCUCCAACGUCGAAAACAAGGACGGAGGUCGGCCCGGCCCCGUCAACAACCCUCCCCAGGAGAAGCAUCUCAACAUCAGGCAGGUUCUGUCGGAGACUCAGCCUGUCCAGCCACAGACCCGCAUGGAGGCCUCUCCGCUAGGGAGCGCCUUCACCUCCGUAGCCCAGCAUGGUGGGGGGAACAGCGGGGAGAGGAAGAGCGCAUUCAGCCAACCCUCCCGCCACGCUACUUCCUCCUUCUCCCAGAUCUCUCCUCUGGUCAUGACCACGCCCAAACUCCUGGACUGCCACCCUGCGGUGGGCGACACCAUCUCCUCCUCUAGACUCUACCAGGCUGACCACCUGGCCGCCAAACUCCACGGCGCCGAGCUGGGCGCCAACUGCCCCGUGCCGGGCGCCAUGUCCAAGCAGAGCCCGUUCCUCUACACAGCGGCUGCUGCCACAGCCUUCUGGCCUAAGAGCCAGGGCCACAUCCAGCUGCAGAUGCCCUCAGCAUUAACCUUACUCCCUCCCUCCUUCACCUCUCUGUGUCUGCCCGCCCAGAACUGGUGCGCCAAGUGCAACGCCUCCUUCCGUAUGACCUCUGACCUGGUGUACCACAUGAGGUCGCACCACAAGAAGGAGUUCGCCAUGGAGCCGAUGGUUAAGAGGAGGCGGGAGGAGAAACUCAAGUGUCCAAUCUGUAACGAGUCGUUCAGGGAGAGGCACCACCUCUCGCGUCACAUGACCUCCCACAAUUGACAUUCAGAUCAAUAACAGACCGUUUUCACACUGCUAGAGGGCCGAACCGAGUCGAGCUGUACUGGCCUGGUUACGGAAUUACAUUUUGAUGAAGGAAGCCUUGCUUGAAAGGACAGUGUGUAAAGAAUAUACUGUAGACGAACCAGCACAGUAAGGUUUGAGUCGGCACGAUAGUGGGAAAAAGAGUAUCACAUCACAGACCAUGGGGAGGAACUUUUUUGCUGACUGACUGACUGGCUGAGUGGGUAUAUGACUGGCUGGCUGGCUGACACUGACUGGCUAUAUGACUGGCUGGCUGACUGGCUGGCUAUAUG